GGAGGAUUUGUAGCUUGUUGAAUAAAUAUCUAAAUCUAAUCUCGUUUGAUAUUUCGAGUAGGUAGUCUUAAGUCGUGUCAAAAAGAUGGAAAUUAGUUUCAAGGGCAAAAGGGCUCUAGUUACUGGAGCUGGAGCUGGUAUCGGGCGUGGAAUAGCCCUCAAGUUGGCCCAAUGUGGGGCCACUGUUCUCGCCGUCGACUUGUCUUUGAGCUCUUUAGAGUCGCUGAAAAAAGAAAUCCCGUCUGCUGAAAUCGUCGCUGUUGACCUUUCCAAUUGGAAGACGACUAGUGACACCCUGAAAAAACUCUCCCCAAUUGACCUUUUGGUCAACAAUGCUGGGGUUGCGUCCAUUGACCCUUUGGUGGCAAUCACAGAAGAACAAUACGACAAAUUGUUUUCUGUGAACGUAAAAGCAUUGAUAAAUGUGACCAAAACCGUGAUAAGCGACUUAAUUGCCAGAAAAUCGCCCGGGGCUAUAGUCAACAUCUCCUCCCAGGCCUCCAAAGCAGCCCUUCUGAACCACUCCCUCUACUGUGCCACCAAAGGCGCCGUUGAUGCUUUCACAAGGGCUGUAGCCCUUGAAUACGGCCCUAGCAAUAUAAGAAUAAAUUGCGUGAAUCCCACAGUUGUUAUGACUGAUUUGGGUAAAAAAAUCUGGAGUGAUCCCAAAAUGGGAGGCCCAAUGUUGGCCAAAAUUCCCUUGAAUCGGUUUGCAGAAAUUGACGAUGUGGUUGAUUGUGUCUUGUUUUUGUUGAGUGACAAGUCGCUAAUGAUAACAGGGAGUUGUGUCCCUGUAGAUGGGGGCUUUUUGGCAUGUUAAGGGUAUGCAACCAAAUAUACAAACGGCGAUAAUUUGUCCAAAAAUGAUUUGUGGACACAUUUAACGCUGUCUCAAGA